AUGGAAUCGGCCUACCACGGCCGCCCACCAACGCGUCGACGCGCACUGGGUGACGGCACCAACCGCGCCAACGAGAUUCCACGCACUCAGCGGCGGGACGAGAAACACAACAACGACCAUGCGCCGUCUUCUGCGACACAACAACUUCCUCACAACGAGUCGAUAGUCCCCAAUGGCACGCUUGCCGUUCGCCAUGAACAAGCAUCACCCGAGAACAAGCGUCUUUCCGCCGUACAAGCUCACGAAGGUCGCCCCCACAACUCGAAGCGCGACUCUGAGAUUUCCAACGCCAGCACCAAUGCCUCCAUCUCAAACCGACGCCGGAAGACUCAUAUUGGUCCAUGGCAGCUGGGCAGGACUAUUGGACGAGGCGGCUGCUCGCGUGUACGGCUUGUCAGACACAGCGGGACAGGACAGUAUGGCGCAGCAAAGAUCAUCUCCAAAGCCACGGCAGAGAAGGUGCGUGCUCUCAGCCUGGCCAAUCUUAUCCAAAGUGCCGAGCAAGACGGAUCGUUAUACUCUGACGGCAAGGCCAUUCCCUUUGGCUUGGAGCGCGAGAUCUGCAUCAUGAAGUUGCUGGAUCAUCCUAACAUUGUCCGUCUAUACGAUAUCUGGGAAAAUCGAGAUGAGCUCUAUCUUAUCAUGGAGUUUGUCGAAGGCGGCGAGCUGUUCAGCUACAUCCACGAGCAGGGUGGUUUAAUCGAGAUCCACACCGUGCACAUCUUCCGACAGAUCAUCGCAGCCCUAAAAUACUGCCAUCGAAUCAACAUCCAUCAUCGAGACCUCAAGCCCGAGAACAUCCUGCUGGACAGAGAUACCAUGACUGUCAAGUUGGUCGAUUUCGGCAUGGCUGCGUUACAGCCUGAGGGCAAGAAGCUUACCACACCUUGUGGAAGCCCUCACUAUGCUGCACCAGAAGUUAUCAAGACUAUUUCCUACGAUGGCGCAAAGGCAGAUGUAUGGAGCUGUGGCGUUAUCUUGUUUGUCCUUCUCACCGGCACACCACCUUUCAACUACUCCGGCGACGAUCGACAUCUCAAGCACCUAUUCCGCGAUAUUGCAGAGGCGAAGUAUACCAUGCCCGACAAUAUCUCUAGAGAGGCACAAGAUCUCAUCAAGAGGAUCCUGGUCGCCGAUCCAAAGCGCCGAAUAAGUCUUGAGGAAAUCUGGGAUCAUCCCUUCCUACGCAAAUAUCAGCAGGAGCUGAAUUUCUUAGGGGAGAAUACUAAGCUCGACCAUUGGACCGGGCCAUUUCCUGGAGUCGAGGAUUGGACAAAUCUGGAACGCACUGCCAUUGAUCGUGAGAUUUUGCGAUAUCUGCGCACGUUGUGGCAUAGCGAGAAGGAAGAAGCAUUGAUCCAGAAGUUGAUGAGCAACGAAGCAAACUACGAGAAGUACUUUUACUCUGCAUUGCGAAAGUACCACACCGACCAGCUAGAGAACUAUCAGCCUAGCGCACACCACGCCGUAGCUCAUUCCAACAGCGACUAUCAUCAUAACACCCGUCAUCCCCCCACACAACUUGAUGUCGAAGAGCUCCCAUCGAAGUUGCACUCGCGCUCUCAGUCCGCCUAUUCAAUUCUGAACAACGAACAUCUAUAUUCGAAGCACAGCCUCUAUGAGUCGCCUGUCUCUGAAGCUAGCUACGAUCCAUACCGAGCCUCGAGACAGCCCAUCAUCCCCAUUCCAGAGGACACAGAGCUGCACCAGAAUGUUACUGUUCACCGUGGAUACAGCAGCCGAAGCGAUAAGCUGCGUCCUACUACAGCAUUAGGGCACCGGACUGGGAGCUCUUUACGAAUUCAGGCUCUGCGUAACAACUCUAAGCGUAGUUCCGCACUUUCACGUGGCUCUUCAAACCGGAGUUCUCCCUCUCGUCGUAAUAUUUCCGUCCAGCGGCGUUCAGUGUCGCGAUCGUCUCUGGCGAGCUCCCAUUGGCCUAGUAGUCCACCCGUUAUCGCUCGCUCUAGUGGCAUGGGUAAACGGGGCGUCAGCUUCUCUCAUCUUCGUGAUCGACGUUCAUCUGCAGCGACUACUAGUAGUUGGCAAACCGAAGUUGGGUCAUGUGCCGACUACAUGUCUCAUAGGCCUCAUACUUCCAUCGGUUCGUACGGGCCAUCUAUGAAGACUGGCACUGUUCGUUCAAACCCCAAGUCAAGGAUUCCUCUUAUUUCGGAAGCAACCCGAUUGAAGAUACGAAAACAUGAGAGUCCAACCAAGUACAUCCAGUGUGAGGCUCGUAAAGUGAGUGUGGAGCUUGGUAAGGUCAUGGAGGAAGCCUUCAAUCGCUCGUCGGUGGGCUCCAGCAUUCGCUCGGGUACAGAUGCCUACCACGACACUUCCCAAUAUGAUAGUCCUCCAACUUCUUUCUCGAACACCCGAGACUCAGGUGGUAGUACAAUGGGUGCUACACCGGGCACUAAAAUGAUGUUUGGGGAACGACCACUACCUCCGAUCCCCUCAGAGACCCCAAACACUUUUUUGCAGCGAAAGCUAGCAGAGACGCGUGAAGAGAUUGCCCGAAGACUCAACGAGAAUGACGACAACACUGAACAAUUCAACGAAGUCCUUGAGCAUCUCGAUCGCUUGAUGGUGCCUACAGUCAAUGGCGGUAAGCGAGCUGUCUCGGCUCCUGCAAAGUCCCCGGAGCAUGGACCGCUUCAUGUGAUCCCUGAGGAGGUGAAGAAUGACCAUGGAGAUGGGUUUGAGCUCCAUGUCCCCCAUCGUCGAGUUGUCACUGACCCCGUAAGGCCUCAAGGUCGUCGCGUGGCCAUAGAACAUCAACAGACGAUUCGCCUCGUUGAUGAGUCACCCACUCGUAUCGCGCCUUUGAAUAUCCGCAAACGAAGUGGAGCAAGCUCAAAGUCUACGAAGACUACGGAUGAAGCGUCUGCUAGCGAUCUGCUUGCCGCUCGUACAUAUGACGCUCCUCCAGCACCCGAAAAGCAAAUCGCCGUCAUCAAGAAAAAGAAGUCGUUGUGGUUCCGUCGCAAUACUGAAGAGAAAGAGCGCGAUCAAGACAACAAAGAGAAUCAGAUCAAGAAAAAGCUAUCAAAUGGACUACUUCGAAUCCCCGAUGCAUGGCAAGGUCUCGAUGACCGUAUCAAGAACGAGCCUGAGCCGUUCGAAGAUGUUGAUAACACCAAACACAACGAGAAGCAGUCGGAAGGUAGCAGUGGGAGCGAGUUCCCUCUACGCAACACUAACUCAGUUGGUGCCAAGGGCGAUGGAAUGGCUCGGAAGGCAUUCUUUGCCUUCUUUGGCAAGAAAUCCAAGGAAGAAAAGGCCAAGAGAUCGAUGGAGCUAGGAGCGAUGAACCACAGCUCCUCGUCCAUCCUCUCCAACUUCGAUCUUGGAGCUGAAAGCAGCACUGAUAUAGUCCGUACUGGACCACCUGAGAUGCAGAUGAACUGGCUAUCGCGCUUCCUGCACAUCAAACCGGCCAACAAAACGUUGUGCUUCCAGAUCGGCCGUGGCAAAGUCCGUCAAGACCUAGUUCGCUUGCUGCGGGACUGGCAGCGAUUCGGCGUCCACGAUGUCUCGUUAGAUCGUGAGGCAAACUCCAUCAGUGCGCGGAUCGACAAGAGCAACCACUUGAAGAUUAAGCCCGUCUCCUUCGUCAUCGAACUCUUCGUCGUACUCGAACAUGGACGUCGCGCCAACCUCUGCCUCGCACGAUUCACCCAGACUCGCGGCGCGGCUUCCAGCUUCCACAAGGUCGUCGAUAUUGUCGAGGACGUCUGCCGGGCUCGCUGCAUGCUGGUAGAAGACGAACAGAAGAAGGCAUCGAUGAUGGAGGUCUUGGACUAG